AUGAAUCGUAACGAAACUAACUCGCGUAUCGCGCGCGGCUCGAUUAGAGUAAACACGUAUGAUGCGCUCGACGAUCGGCGCUGGAGUGCGGCGCGGGGCGAGCGUCGCACGCGCAGCUGUCGUCCCCUCCCCCCUCUCUCCGCCCCUCCCCGCACACCCCCCUCGCCCGGGCCCUUUAUCGUUCUGGGAAGUGGUUCC